AUGAGCUCGUGCCACCCGACUGGCUCGCGAAACACCAGCUCGUCGUGGCGCCAAGACGACCACGCCGCUCCGACGCACGACGGCACCGACGAUGGCCAUUCUCCACAGCCGUUUCCCGCUCCAAGCGUCACAGCAGCCAUUGCGAGGUACCUUGCCUCCCAGCCGACCCAGCACAUCUCCCAGCAGCCAUCUCCUCCUCGCUGGCACAAGCACAACUACACGCCGCUGCAACAAUGGCCGCCGCACCGUGCUGCGCCGGCCGGCCCCUGGCAGUGGGCGUCCAGUACGUUUGCGCCGCCGAACGUGACGGUCGUCGUCCCAGCAGGCGAGACCCCUGCGCCCGGCGGCGCGUGUGUGGCGGGCGACGACGACGCGACCGGCUGCCUGCGCUUGGCGAGGUGCGUCGGGCGCAAGGCAGCCGGCGAGGGACGCAACUUCAUGCUCUCGCCGCUGUCGCUCCACGCGGCGCUCGCGCUGGUGGCCGCGGGCGCGAACGGCGAGACGCAGGCGGAGCUGCUGCGCUUCCUAGGGUCGGCGUCACUCGACGAGCUGCGGCGCGCCGCGGUGACGAGGCUGGUCGUCGCCGCGCUGCGCGGCAUCCCGCAGACGUCCUUCGCGUGCGGCGUCUGGGUGGACCGGCGGUGCCCGCUCAGGGAGGAGUUCGCGGACGUCGCCGGUGCCGUCUACGCCGCCGUCGCGGAAUCCGUGGACUUCGUGUCACAGGCCGAGGAGGCGAGGCAGCGCAUCAACGACUUCGUGAACGUGAAGGACGCGACGAAAGGGCUCAUCGGCGCCGUCCUCCCUCCCGGAUCCGUCGGCCCGUCCACGGUGGCCGUGCUUGCCAACGCUCUCUACUUCAAGGGGUCAUGGGCUCAGCCGUUCGACACGUCAAGGACCUUCGACGCGCCGUUCCAUCUCCCCGGCGGCGCCACCGUGCGCGCGCCGUUCAUGACGACGAGCAGCAGGUUUGAGCAGCACUACGUCGCCGUGUUCCCUGGUUUCAGGGCCCUCAAGCUGCCCUACAGCUGCAAGAGCGGCGACCAGUGGCACCAGGCCGCGUACUUCUACAUGCUCCUGCUCCUCCCAGACGACGACCACGGCCUCGGAGAUGUCUACGACAAGGCCGUCUCGACGCCGGGGUUCAUCAGGAAGCACACGCCAGUGGGCAAGGUCCCGGUCGGGCGGCUCAUGGUCCCAAAGUUCAAGUUCACGUUCGAUUUCGAGGCGCGCGAGGAGAUGCAGAGGCUGGGUGUCAUCAGAGCCUUUGGAGGUGGCGACUUCUCCGGAAUGUUCGCCGGCGGAGGAGGUGGGGCUUUCGUCGCGGGAGUGUACCAUAAGGCCACCGUCGAGGUGGACGAGGAGGGCACAGUGGCAGCCGCGGCCACGGCCGUGUCCUUUUGCUUGAGCGGGAGCGCCAUCCCGCCGGUGGAUUUCGUGGCGGACCGGCCCUUCUUGUUCGCCGUCGUGGAGGAGAGGAGCAGCGCCGUGCUCUUCUUUGGCCAUGUGGUGAAUCCAAUAGCGGAGUGAUCCGCCCACACGCAGGCCGCAGCUACAGAGGUCACCGGAAGGCUAGUGCUGUAAAUUGUUACUCCGUUAUUCCAAAAAUCUUGAAAAAUCAAAACAUUUUCAAAUUUGAUUAA